GAAACUGAACACUUUAAAGAUGCAUUUUUGGGGAAUGGAGCCAGUGUCAAAGGAUUGCCUCUAGCUUUUUAUUCUGGAAUGUAUGCUUACUCUGGUUGGUUUUACCUCAAUUUUGUAACUGAAGAAGUGGAAAAUCCUGAAAGAAAUGUGCCACUUGCCAUUUGCUCAUCAAUGGUUAUUGUCACACUUGGCUAUGUUUUAACUAAUGUGGCCUAUUUUACAACUCUCAGCCCUGAGGAUAUGCUAAGCUCCAAGGCAGUGGCAGUGACUUUUUCUGAACGUCUACUGGGAAAUUUUUCCUUAGCUGUUCCUAUUUUUGUUGCACUUUCUUGCUUUGGAUCUAUGAAUGGUGGUAUAUUUGCAGUUUCAAGGAUGUUCUACGUUGCAUCCCGUGAGGGUCACCUUCCAGAAAUUCUCUCCAUGAUUCAUGUUCGCAAGCACACUCCUCUUCCAGCUGUCAUUGUUUUGGUACCACUGUUUAUUCCUGCUCUGUUUUCCUUCACCUGUCUCUUCAUGGUUGCACUGUCACUUUAUGCUGAUCCAGUUAAUACUGGCAUUGGUUUUGCAAUUACAAUGACAGGAGUCCCUGCCUACUACCUCUUUAUUAUAUGGGACAAGAAGCCAGCAUGGUUUAGGCGAUUUUUAGAUAAGAUGACAUCAACAUUGCAAAUAAUCUUAGAAGUUGUUCCAACAGAAGAGAAUCCAAAUUUGUGAUCUUCAGCUAGAAGAAUCUGCACUGUUAGACAAACAUCCAAGUUCUUCAUAGAUUGAAUGAACAAUUUUUUUUUCUUGCCAAAAUGGUUUUAAAAAAAGUUUUACUGGAAAACUUGCAAAAGUUAUAUUGGGGCAUCAGUUUUAACCUGAUACUUGAUGAAAACUUUAAAUGGAAUUGUUAUGGAUGUAUGUGUACACAUACAUAACAAAAGUUAUCUGAUACUAUAACAACAGUUUUGUAGGCAACUGUUUUAAAACUGUUGUAAAAUAGUGUUUAUCUUCUGCUUUGCAAAUGGAGUUGAUAUGGUAUUUUCUAUAUUUUAAAUGUAUAAGAUAUCACAUUUUUCAUACUGAUAUUUACUAAGAACAUUUGUUUUAAAAAUGUUCACCAUAGCUAGAAAUAUUAGAAUGGAUUAAAUGUGAAUUUUCCAUGCUGGACCUGAUGUAAGACAACAAUAAAAGAAUUAUAUUAA